ACUUGAAGGGAGCUUAUAAGCAGGAGGGGGACCAACUUUUUACACAGUCUAACAGUGACAGGACAAGGGGAAAUGGCUUUAAAGAGGGUAAAUUUAGGUUGGAUGUUAGAAGAAAUUAUUAACUCAGAAUGCGGUGGCUAUGCAUGGGCAUAGGCUGCCCAGAGAUGUUAUGGAUGCCACAUCCCCAGUGGAGUAUAAGGCCAGGUUGGAUGGGGCCCUGGGCAACCUCAUCUGGUGGGUGGCAACCCUGUCCAUGGCAGGGUCGGAGCUAGAUGGUCGUCCCUUCCAAACUAAGCCAUUCUAUGAUUCUGUGAUCAAACAGUUAACAUGCAAAAAAGUAUACCACUUAAAGAAUUUAAGUUAAAUCUCACUACUUUUGCUUAGGCAGAACAUGACUUCUCCAGAGAUAACUGCCUUAAUUUUAAGACACCAAAAUAUGGAGAAACUACUUCCUCCCUCAUCCUGUUACUAGGUGUUAUCAACGUUCUAUACAUCUAAACCGCAUAUGGUUUAGUUCUGCCAUUAACCUCAACUAUACGUGAAAGGGCAUUUGUCUGUCAGUCAUGCCUUCCAUCUCCAAGUUGUUUCAUAUCACAACCUAGUAAGUACUUUUGUAUGAGUUUUGAUAAUGAAAGAAAUAUUGUAAUUUUUCAAAUCUUGGAAUCUUUUAAUCUGUUUUUUUCUUUUUCCGCUUCUUUAAAAAUUUUCUGUCAGUUCAUACGUGAACAAGAUGUGUUACUGCAAUAGUUUGUCUCACUAAUGCCGUGGAUUGUUUCACCUUCCUUUGACCGGAGAGCCCUGCUACCUAACUAUCAAAGGGCUCCAUAAAAUGUCCCAUUAACCACAAAAUCACAAGGAGAUGCUUGUCUACCUGGAGCAGAAAGCAUUUUUUUUUUCCCCUUAAACAUAUGAUUCUCUAUUUGUGCACAUUAAAAUACAUUUCAAACCAACCCAACGCACAGAUUGUUUUGACUGACUUGCUUAUAUCACUUUAAGUGCACCAUCAUUAUUCCACCGUCCCUGAACUUUGCCAGCAGCGAUUCUGCACGCUCCUCUGAGCCAAGGAGAACUAACCACGCCGGGACACCCCGACGGCCCAGCGCUGCCCGCUCCUCAGGGCGGGCUCAGCCCCGCAGUGGUACUGGGAGGCGCCACGCGGGCUGAGGGCGCCUGGAAGCCGUUAGUGUGGCUGCUUCGGUGCGUUCCGUGAGGAAGAACCGAGCGCUCCUCCCGAUCUGCCAGCAGCAACGAGGACCAACCGAGCGAGUCGGGUCGCGCACAACCGGCGCGGCAGGGCCGCCUGGCGGACCCACUGCUUUUAAGGAAAGGAGAGAGAGAGAGAGAGAGAGACCUUCCAUCCAUUGAAGUACAGUUCACUAUGAUCGUACUCGCACUCAGCACUGGAAGCCGGUUGGAUUUCGUGUCUCAGUCCAGGGUGUUUUUCUUGCAAACCUGCCUUUGGAUUUUAUGUGCUACAGUGUGCAAAGCGGAGCAGUAUUUCAAUGUGGAGGUAUGGUUACAAAAGUAUGGCUACCUUCCACCAACUGACCCCAGAAUGUCGGUGUUGCGCUCUGCAGAAACCAUGCAAUCAGCUAUAGCUGCCAUGCAGCAGUUCUAUGGCAUUAAUAUGACAGGAAAAGUGGACAGGAACACGAUUGACUGGAUGAAGAAGCCUCGAUGUGGUGUGCCUGACCAAACAAGAGGCAGCUCUAAAUUUAACAUCCGUCGGAAACGAUAUGCUUUAACAGGACAGAAGUGGCAACAUAAACAUAUCACUUACAGCAUUAAGAACGUCACUCCAAAAGUAGGUGAUGCUGAAACCCGUAAAGCCAUUCGCCGUGCCUUUGAUGUGUGGCAGAAUGUAACUCCUCUAACAUUUGAAGAAGUUCCUUAUAUUGAAUUAGAAAAUGGCAAGAGGGAUGUGGAUAUUACGAUCAUUUUUGCAUCAGGUUUUCAUGGAGACAGUUCUCCCUUUGAUGGGGAGGGAGGAUUUUUGGCCCACGCAUAUUUCCCUGGGCCAGGAAUUGGGGGAGACACUCAUUUUGACUCAGAUGAGCCAUGGACUUUGGGAAAUCCUAAUCAUGAUGGAAAUGAUCUGUUUCUAGUUGCUGUGCAUGAACUGGGACAUGCUCUGGGCUUGGAGCACUCCAAUGAUCCCACUGCAAUUAUGGCUCCAUUUUAUCAGUACAUGGAAACUGACAACUUCAAACUACCUAAUGAUGAUUUACAGGGCAUCCAGAAGAUAUAUGGUCCACCUGACAGGAUCCCACCACCAACAAGACCUCUGCCAACAGUGCCACCACAUCGUUCGAUCCCUCCAGCAGACCCACGGAAAAAUGACAGACAACCUAAGCCUCCCCGGCCACCGACUGGUGACAAACCUUCCUAUCCUGGGGCCAAACCUAACAUCUGUGAUGGGAACUUCAACACUUUGGCUAUUCUUCGCCGGGAAAUGUUUGUUUUCAAGGAUCAAUGGUUUUGGCGAGUCAGAAACAACAGGGUGAUGGAUGGAUAUCCCAUGCAGAUUACGUACUUCUGGAGAGGGCUGCCUCCCAGCAUUGAUGCAGUUUAUGAAAACAGUGAGGGGAAUUUUGUCUUCUUUAAAGGUAACAAGUUCUGGGUUUUCAAGGACACUACUCUCCAGCCAGGGUAUCCUCAUGAUUUGAUAACACUUGGAAGCGGAAUUCCUUCCCAUGGUAUUGAUUCUGCAAUUUGGUGGGAAGACGUUGGGAAAACCUACUUCUUCAAAGGAGAUAGGUACUGGAGGUACAGUGAAGAAAUGAGAUCCAUGGACCCUGGUUAUCCCAAACCAAUCACAAUUUGGAAAGGUAUCCCAGAAUCGCCUCAGGGAGCCUUUGUCCACAAAGAAAAUGGCUUCACAUAUUUCUACAAAGGAAAAGAGUACUGGAAAUUCAACAACCAGAUGCUCAGAGUGGAACCUGGCUAUCCCAGAUCCAUCCUCAAGGAUUUUAUGGGUUGUGAUGGACCAACAGAUCGAGACAAAGACCGACACAGCCCUCAAGAUGAUGUUGACAUUGUCAUCAAACUGGACAACACAGCCAGCACUGUGAAAGCCAUAGCUAUUGUCAUUCCCUGCAUCCUGGCCUUGUGCCUCCUUGUCUUGGUUUACACUGUGUUCCAGUUCAAAAGGAAAGGAACACCCCGCCACAUACUGUACUGCAAACGCUCUAUGCAAGAGUGGGUGUGAUGUAGGGUUUUGGUUUUUUUUCUUUCCCUCCCAGGAGUUUGUGGUAACUUGAGAUUCAACACAAGAGCUGUUCUGCAGUUUCCUAGCUAGGAGCGGGCAUCUGUCAGUCUGAAACAAAGCUGAUCUUUAAAACCCAGGAGGUUGCCUGUCCCGCGCAUGAGUGGUGAUUUGCUCAGCUGGGAAGCUUCCAUGAUACACAGUAUCUGCUGUUUCUUCAGUCCUUUGUCUUUCUUUGUCAUUCAAUUUAGGCCUUUCCUCUGCACGCUAAAUGCCCGAUAAACUAUCAGGAUUAAGUAAGGAAGAGGAAAAAAACAAAAUCUCCAAUGUUUCUACAUUUUUCCCUUAAGGCCUGUUCCCCUUUGAAAAAUUUUCUGCUGAAAGUCAAUUUUUUUAGAAAAACACAACAACUCACAGUGGAACUUUCAGGAAAGUGAGAAGACCCAAAACAGCUUUGUCUCCAAAGAGGAUUGCUUUCUGUCUGCAAUGGAUAAAGUCCUAUACUCCUACUUCCAGUUUUGUCAGGUGGGAGACCCGGAUAACAUGCAGGACUUCAGACUGUUCGGACAGCCAUUUUCCAACAUACAAGGGGCCAAAAUAUCUGCAAUAUAGUAACAGCCUUAAUAAUACAUCCAUUUUGUGUUUUAUACAGCUGCUCUGGGCUAUGUCCUCAAUGUUUUAAACUCAUUUAUAUUCAUCACUAUAUUCUAGUGGAAUCUUUUUAUUGGUUUGUUUGAUUUUUGGGUUGGUUUUCCUGCAUAAUCUUUCCCAAGCUGUACCAAGCCAACUGUCCCAGGCCUUUCACAGGUCUGUCAGGAGUACUCAUUCCAACACAUGGUAUAAAAGUAGUGUGUCUCUGAAGUGGAUUUCAAUGAACUAAAGUAACAGUGAUGCUAUAGAGAAACUUGACACUGGUAUUACUUUGGUGUAACCCUUUGAGAACUAUUGCAUCAGUUUUCAGAGUCUGUUGGAUGUUAAUCUUGAUUGUCAUUAAAUUACAGGACUGUGUUUGGGAAAUAGAGGUUUUAAAAGAAAAACAGUUUUUUUAAAACAGAUUUCCUGUGACUGCGAGUGUUUUUAAUUACUUGCAUUAUUGUUAGAAAAGCAUUUGUAACGUAAAGAGAAAGCAAACUAUAUUUACCAGCUUCUUUCUGGUUAAAGGAACCUAACCUAUUUUAGUAUCUUCUACCACUUACCAAGGGUUUUUCUGAACCGGCUACAGUUUUAUAGUUUAGCCUUUUAUCUUAAGCAUCUUGAAUUUCUCUUUUAAACUAUGUUGCAUGAUAAUUCAGUUUACCUCUGCAGAGAUAGAGUUACAGUUUCAAAGGAAAACUAAAAUGACGACUCUGAUAUUGCAUGAGUACCUUCUGGUGUUCCCCUGCAUGUUCACUAUAGUUCUCAAAGGGUUAGUCAAAUCUCUGGCCUUUAGCCAAACAUGAUGUCACUAACAGAGCCAAGGGACCACCAAAGCAUUUUGUCAUUUUGUGUAAUUUGUGCUAACAGCAGUAUUGUCAUUUUCAUGUGACCUGCAGAGCAGGUUUGUAUCAAUAUUUUUUUCCUAGAGAAAAGUCAGCAACUGACAGACCUCUUUAUUGAUUUUUAGGAGCUGCUUCUUGCAGUGAAAGGCUUUACAGUCACUGGGCUGUGAACUUACUAAAGAUGGUCAGAAUGAUGCACCCUAAAAGUCAGACACCUGGUUUUUUAUGAAAGCCAGGAUUUGAGGGGAGUAGCUUUUGCAACAAUGAACAGCUUGCCUUGAACUUGAUUAUUGACCUGUUGACUGUCAUUACCAAGUUAAACAUUGUCUUCUGUGAACAGCUUCACUGUCUAAAUUUCCUUAACGUGUACUGUCCUAUGUCUUUGCUCUUUGACCUUUAACUUGCAAACUGGCACAAGUGGAAUGGAAUCUGGUGCUGUUAAUGAACUAAGAUGGGUUUUAUUUCAUAAAAGGCUUGAUAUACGUUAUCCAAAACUAGAGAAAAAAAUGUUGAAAUGUUUUCUUAGGAAAGAAAAGACAGAAAGUAAAAUAUUUAUAAUAGAUCUGUAGAAGGGUAUUUUGCUAUGUAUACAUGCACACUCUAAAAAUGAAAUACAGUAUAAGUGAUUUUUUUAUUUAACUUGAAUACAAUUUUCCAUAUAAAAUUAUCAUUUCUACAAAUAGCUAGUUAUUAAUGAAAAGGUUAUAGGAAAGUAUUAAAAUACUUGAAAUGGCCAGUAUUGGCUUUUACAUAAAAUGAGACUUUUGUACUACAUUCAGCCAAUUUCUUACUGGUUUCUUAAUUCACAUAACUGGAUCAUUUUUUAGAGAGUGUAGGUAUAUAUACGUAUAUAUUAUGGUUAUUAUUAUUUUGGUAAUGGAUAGCUUGACUGCCUUGAAUUUAUAUUUAUAUUGAGCAUAGCAUGAAAAAUAGUAUGCCUUUUUGUUCAAUUACAUGAUUUUAUAUUGAUUUGAGAACUUACUUUAUGAACAUGUGGCAUGCUAUGAAGCAUUGCAAAUUGUUAUUUCUUAGAGCAUAAACAGAUAUACAUAUGUAACAGCUAACAAAAAUGAAGAUUAGAAAAAAAAGAUAUAGUUUUUCAGCAAGUAUGCAAUGCAGAUGGCAUUUUGGAGAUGUUUUGUAGAGGAACUGCAUACUGUAGGUUAGAAUUGCACCAAUAUCAACCCAUAGCAUUAUUUAGUAAAUCCAGUUCAGUUGUUGGUGAAAAUAUAUAUUAAUUCACAGUUAAAUAACAUAGGAUAUUUACUGCACAUCAGCUCAUUUGGUGAAUUUGGAAUUCUAUGCCUGUUUGUCAUAUAUGAAUGUGUUUGUAUGCAUGCAUUUGUGUAUUUAUAAAUGCAUGCAUACACACACAUACAUGCAUAUUUUAAUCCAUUUUUUUUAUUGUCAGCAAACUACUCUACUUAUUUUCUGUUACAGACAGAACAAAAUUCUGAUUCCUUACCUGUUCCAAUUUCACCCCUUGGAUAGUUGGUGGAAAAAUACUAACACUACUCCUUACUCUUCAACUGGUUUUCCUCUACAACAGGGGAACUGAUUUUAUAUUAUCUUUAAGUAGAACAGCAUCUCAUCUGGUUUUUUUUUUUUGGUUUUUUUUGUUGUUGUUGUUGUUUUUUUUUUUUUUUUUUUUUUAAAUUCACUUGAAACUUUCACUUAAAUUUUGAAAUAUCUUUCACGGCAACUUAAACUUUUUGUGCAACUAUUUCCCUGAGAGUAAUGAAGUGCUGAGCAUGUUGACUGUUGUUUUUUGAUAAGGUAACCAAAAAUGUUUGCAUUUGGAAAACUUAAUUUUAAUUACACAGGAAGGUAAGUGUGAUAAAUCUAGUGCUUGGUAUAUGGUACAUCAUAGAUACAUGAAUAUAUAAGUUGAUUGGUUUGUUUUACUCUAAAGUGCAUAAAUAUUAAAUACAGAGAAAGGGAAAAGUAAUAUUAUAUUGGUAUGUUUAUGUCAUACAGAGCAAGACUGUGUCAGCAAUUUUCUUGUAUACUCCUAUUUUUAUUCAUAAAGGUUUGCUGUAAGUAAAACGUAGAAGCAAUUAUGUUCGGUGUAAUUUCUGAAAUACGUACUGGCUGACUUUAUAUUAUAGAAGUUCAGAGUAAAUUAGUGAUGUUGCCUGAUUUAGUUUUGAACUCAAACAAGUAAAAGUUCUAAAACAAUGUUAUUUUUUAAACAGUUGUUUUUCUACCAGGGCCUAUAAUUAUGUGCACUAACAAAGUGAAAAUACAUUGAGUUCUGCAAUCUGGGUUCCUGCUCAUGUGCCAUUACCUUUUUCUUAAAGUUUUUAAUAAAUUUUUCCGUAUUACUACUGUAACAGUCUGUACUGUGGAACAGUUCAAAACUGAAUAUGCAUUGUGUUAAUCCAUUACAGUCUAUUGAGCUGGCUAUACAGGGUUGUGUAUCUUCAGAGUACUAUGGUCUGUGUGAUGAAGGAGGCCAGAGCAGAUGAUAGCAGUGUUUCCUCUGGCCUUUUAAUGUAUAAAACUAUGAAAAGGUUAUUGACUGUACACACCAUUUUUUUUUUCAAAAAAUACAUUUUAAAAACUGAGCGUAUAUUUACUGGAUAGGCUGAGAUGGAGAGAGACUCAAAUGGCUCCAAAGGAGCCAUUUCAAGUCUCCUGAAUAAAUGUAAUACAAAUUUUAAAUCUUCCUAUGAACUUCUGUUCUUUUUCUGUUUUCAAAUUGGGGCAAAGGGAGGGAACAACUGAAAAACUAGAUAAAGGCUAAUUUAAUGAAUGAAACAAAAACUAAUAUACUCAAACAUAAGGGGUAAACUUAUGCUUUCCCUUGGCAGUGUACUUCACCUCUCAAGACUCCUUUGCUCAUAAGCACUGUGGAUUAAAAGUGGAGUGUAAGACUUAAUUUUUAAUUUUCAGCUUUUUCCUGCUUUGUUUCACAAUCCUAAUGUCAGUUAAAUGUAGUUUUUGGCACCAAAUUAUAUAGAAUUGAAUUUUAUCUCACUGGUUAGAAAAACGUGUGUAGGGUGCAUAGCAGUGGAAGCACUAAAUUUCCUAUUCUGUUUUUUUGUUUGUUUGUUUGUUUUCACAUUUGAACCAUUGCUAGUGCAACACUUAAGACACAAAGCAAAUUGAAUGGUGAAUGUUCCAGACACUGCAUUUUCAAGAAAGUAGAAAUGCAAGCUAUCACACCAUUAGCAGCCUAAACUGGAGGUAGCACAAGGUGAGGAAUAACAAUAUGAUUGCAGGGGCUUGCUCUGUUCUGGCUCACAUAUCUUCUCUGAAUGAGGCCAGGGUUUUAUUACCAAUUGCAGACGUGGAGGAAGCCAUGUGCUCUAACAGUGGGAGAUUUGAUGCAGCCAUUAUAGAACAAUAGCUCCUUGUCACCAUUUGUUGUUGUCAGGACUGUCUUUGGACAGCUCUAUUUCCAGAAGUGUAAAUAGAUGACUGCAACCUUAUGAGCCACAAGAAAAAAUCAUUAUUAUCAGUGGAAGGAACAAAAGUCACUGGCUAGUUAGGUGUUCAGCUAUGCUGUAAAUCAAAUAAUAUUUUCUGUGAGUCAAGGAACAGAUAACCUGUUAUUGAAUACAAUACUAUAGCACAGAUAAACCAGCGCUGUAACAUUAAGCAUACUUAGCUCACAGUCCUCAGACUGCAGAUAGAAUGGUUCAAAUAAGAUAAGAGUGCUUAAACAUAUGUCAGUUACACAGCUGGCUAAAUGGUGUAAAUGAACCAUAUAACAUAUAAUCAUAAAAUUAAUAUUUCUGGUUUAUACAUUUAAAUCAUUGAAUUGUCUGCCAAAGAUCUCAUGAAAAAAUUAGUGUGUGAGACCAAUCUAUCUAAUCCACUCUUGUGACUUGUCAUCAGAGAUGUUAGAGACUUGUAGAGAACGAUACUGUCAGCAGUGCAGUGAACGCUGAAAAGUGUAUGAUAAACACCAAAUGCAUACCAUCACUUGGUGUGGUUUGGCUCCAUCUGACAUUUGAUCUAAGGUAGACUCUAGUGUUAGACAGCAUAGAUUCUGUAUGGUAUGAUAUUUGGUAUAUGUAUAUAAAUAGGAAAGCACAAUGACAAUCACGAGUUCAUUUUUGAAAGGAUCAUCGGUAUGUGACCACAGCUAGCAUUUGUUCUCAAAAUUACAAAGUACAUAGAUAGCAUUGAACAUAUACAUGAUAAACAGGUUUUCUUUCUCAGUAUUCAUAAGCUUUAGCAUAUCAUCUACAAAUUAUAUUCAGUUUGUAGUUGCAGCUGCCUGUUAUGUUGUUGAGGUAUGACAUUCUGGAGGAUGUGAGAGUAUGGUGGCUCUGUAGAUAGAGCCUUAAGUAUUACUCUGGUCUGCUCGCUGUAUAGUUGAAAUAAAUUUUAAAGACAGAUAAGAUAUAAAUGAAGAAUUGUUGAUUCAAACUAGCAUACUAAAGAGGAUUUUCUGCACUUGGAUGUGCAUGCAGUAUGGUGCUGCUUGCUGUUACAUAAAGCUACAUAAACACUAACCAUUACAUAUGCAGCCAUUCAUUAUGGCACAAAGCUUUCCAGUCACACAGCAUGGUUUCCUUUGCUUCUGUAAAAUCACAUUGUCCACAGCUGAUAGUUAUAAUAGCCACUACAUAAAGCAAAGUUUUCCAUUUAGCUAAUAGCCAUCUCUACCCUAUGAAAUUGCAUCACAUCCUUUUUACAACUACACACUUAAUCUUCUUGGCGAGCUCUCAGCAUAUCUUAAUUCAUAGUCUUCCAUGCCCCAGAAGAAAAAAAAAGUGUUUGCUUUUGCAGUAAAAUAUAUACUGAGCAUUCUCUUCAUUUUGCCAUCUGGCACUGACACAUUAAAUAAUCACUUUUACUUUGUGCCAUGCACAUGUUCUGGAUCAUCCAUUUACCCAUCCAUCAUUCUGAGAACUGGGUUUCAGGGAAGUGGGAUUAACAACAGAAGGCUGGUAUAAAAUAGCUUCCUGCAGUAACUGCUCAGACCUUAACAAUAUGACAGCAGAGUUUGAAGAGUUUUUAGGGAAGUAUUAUAUUACUUAUGCACUGGUAAUAGCACACUGUAACUGUGCCAAUCAGUGCAUGUUGAGACAGGUUCACCCCUUGCAGAGAGUAGUGUGUUAAAUCAGAAAAUGAUGUUUCUAAACCAUAUUUCCAUUAUCACGUGCUGGAAUAGUUUUAAACUCAGUCUACAUAUGUUUUUAUGACUUACAUGGCAGUAAAUAAAAUUGUUAGUCUUGUGGAAGCUGACAGUGCUUAGGGUCAGCAUGCAGGCAGUACUAACUCAUGUACAAGGUGUGAAAAAUCUUUGGUUCCCUCACUACAACUGCACAACCUCAAAGAGGAAAAAAAAAAGGUUGGACAGUAGUGUAAAGUGGUGGUUUAAAAUACUCUUUAUUUGUCAGUGCUAACAAUUACAUGAUAUUACAUAUAGCCCAAAAAAGCUCUGUUGUACAACUGAUAUAUUUGAGUUGAAAUGCACAGCCCCAUAUUUAUUUAGGCAUACAAUGAAUCUAAACAGAGAUGCAUAUAUUACAUAUGCAUUGCUUGGCUAUUGCCAUAAAAUUGACAGUGCACACAUACUGAUGAUCUUCGUAUUUUAUGGAAUCACUAUGUUGAAGUCAGCUCUGAGUAAUUUGCUUGAAUAUAAGCUGAGCUAUAUACAUCAGGAAAUUGUACGUGUGAUUAAGUGUAUUUAGAAGACAUCAUCAGCAACUUACAGCACUGUUUUAGAUGAUCAUUACAAAAUACAGUUCAUACCUGCAAGGCAUCGCUUUGGCUUGUGUUUGCAUAGUUGCAUUUUACCUCAUACAAUGACGUGCUAUGAACUCAGGCCAUGAAAAAUGAGGCAGAUGAAAAUUAAAAAAAACUAUCAGGACAUUAACUGUUAAUACUCACUUAACUCACAGAAAUACCUGAGAUUCCUAUGCCCAAUACAAUUUAGUCUUGACUAGGAAUCCAGUGUUGAAGUAAUGUGUGUGAUGUGAAUAAUCUCUCCUCAGUUCUUGCACUAUGUAAUGCAUUUGGUGAAAUAUUGUCAAUAGGUACAUGUCUAACAUCCAUCUUCGUGUGUUUCUGAAACCAAUUCACAUCUCUUGUCAAUUCAUGCUUAUAAGUUUGUACUUAGAGCGUCAUUCACUAUUACCAUCUAUACCAUCUAUAUAUACUAUUACCAUUGUGUCUGAAUGGAAACCAUUUUAUAGGAUAGAUCAAGGACUAUGAAUCUCACUUCUUAUCAUACAAGUUGCACAGGCUGUCAUCUGCUAUCAAUAUGCAUUGCUUUGAAGAGGGUUGUCCUUGGCUUACAGUGAUUACAAAUGCAGAUUUUAGGGCCACACCACUGAAAUCUUUCUCAGAGGAAACUUAAAUUAGUCAAGAACUGUCUUACCACAAAUUUUGAAAUCCACAGAAAAGCCAACUAUGUUUUUUGAACAAAGACAAUAGACAGACACAGAAAAAGCAGUAGAAGGGCAUUUCUGUUUUUCAUUUCUAGGAGAAUGUAAGAGAAGGAAUGAGAACACUUGUUUAUAAUUGCAAGUGCAAAAACAAAUUGACAGGUACAGAAUGAACCAAAGAUGACUGACACCACAGAAAAUUGCAUGUACCCACUACCUUGGUUACUGAAAUUAAAGCAGAAGAGAUAUUAUCAGGAAUUUGAUGAUGGCUUUAAAAGUGCUAUUGAUCGCCCAAAAGAACACUUGUUAGACUUUAGAAAGUCCACUGAAUUCUGCAUUUGAUGUCAUUGCCCGCUAUACAGCAGUCAACCAAAAAGGCUCCUCAGUACAGUUGCUCCAAAUCUGAUUACAAAUACAGAGAUAUAGCACUAUACGUAUCUGCUGCAAUUGUAAAUAGUUCAAGAAAGGAUUACUCAAAGCAGCAUCAUCCUGAAUCUAUGUUAAAAGGUAGUCGCAAUGAAAUGUUCUUAGCUUUGUUUUCAAAAAUUAGAACCACCUAGUUAACUGUCAUUUGAAGUACUUUGCUGGAUGAGACAUAAGGAGAAAGAAGUCUUUCCUUACAUUAGUCCAAAUUCAGUCAUGUAUCUCCAUGAUAUCUGAGUCCUGAAGCAUUUGACAUAAUAGAAACAAAUCUAUGACCUCUGGACAGCUCAUAUAUUAUUUCGUUAUUUAAACUGAUGAAUAGCUUCCAAUUUCUGAUCCUCACCCCCCUUUUUUUCUUUUUUUAAUUUUCCACUCAGUCUUGACAUGUUUCCUGGCUGAUCAAUCUAAUUUUUGAUGUAAUCUGAUCUUGGUAAACAGGUGAGAAAUGGUCUAUUUGCUCUACAGACAAAAGAAAAAAAAAGUUGUACAUCUCAUUAAUCAUGUAAAUUUUUACAGUCUAUCACUAGAACAUGUAGCUUUUUUGCCUAUGGUGAAAAGGUAGUACCUUCUCAAAAACACGUCAUAUUCACAUUUGAGGAACUUGGUAUAUGUCUUUCAGUAAAUCUUGUUCAUAAUCCAGACCCUUAAUAGCUGAACUUGAAGUUAGUCACUUCAGAUUUCUAAAGUCUCUGACAUCAUUGACACAGCCAUACUUUAACUCUUUUAAAAUGAUGUGACACAGCCAGCACUGAUCAUCAUAGGCUCAAUAUUUGCAUCUCGUGGCUGUUCCACUGCUAAUGUGUACAAUAAUGUAACAACAAAGACUUAACUGUUUUUGAUGACAGCCUUUGCUCAAUAUUUACAUUCAUGCUUUCUGUGCAAGAUGAGAAGUCUAGAAAUCUGCAUUUUUUUAAAUGUUUUGGUAUUAUUUGCAGUUGUUCAAGUUCUUGUCUUUAAAUUUUCCCCUUUUUCUUUGCAUUCCAAAGCCUAUGAUCUAUGUGUGGAUAUUCCAACAAUAACUGUAGGGCUGUACUCCUUUCUCUACCACAAGUCAAUUCAUACACAAACAUCAACCAUCAUUAAAUUAUUGCUGUUACACAACAGACUUGCAUGGCAGAAAGCUUUCCUACUUGCAUUAGCAUCCUACAUUUUAGGCAUCACAACUAACAUAUUUAUGAAGAGGUCUCUCUUUCAUCUGAUACUGUUGGCUGGGAGUGGGAUUCAUUACACAGUUCAGUCACAGCUUGCAGAGAAACAUAAAAUCACAGAAUUGAAGAGGUUGGAGGGGACCUCUGGAGAUCAUUUAGUCCAAUCCCCCUCUUAAAGCAGGCUCCCUAGAAAGGUACAAGUGUUUGACUUCUGUAGGUUUACUGCGCGUGAUAAGUGUUCCUAUAUGCUCAGAAGAUGUUUGAGGGAGGCGAGGCUCCCUGACAGUCCGGUGGUUAGUAUUGUUAGCGGCUGACUAACAUGUAUGGCUGUUUUUGUCUGUGUGCAGUCAGAGUUUGAUAUGGCUAUGUACAAAAGGGUACAUUUUUUGCAAGCUACAUACACAUUCUUGUUUCCAUUACUUUCCAAACAUGCACUUUACUUUCUAUCCAAGUGCUAUAAUUUUAUAUCUACCAGAACAUGAUUUUUUCUUUCUGUCUAUCGGGUGUUAUUUGUGAUUUUAGCAGCUGAUUCAGUUUUCCAUCUAUUUGCCAUUCUUUCCUCCACCUAAUUCCCUACAAUUCCAGAAGUAACUGUUCUGGUUCCAGUAUGUUAGCUAGAACUUAAUACACUUAUGAGUCUCUUCUCACUCCUCACACCAUGAUAUGCUUGUUUGUCCUCCACCUCUGAGAAAGAAGGAACAAACUUUUCAUGUAAAGACAAGGUAGAGUUGUUAGGAUAUCUCUGAAAGUAGUUUUAUUCAUAACAUGACUGUAGAACCCACACAAUGUUAAACAGUAACUCUUUUCAAGCUCUACUUCUUGAACAACCCAAUUGUUGCUCACUUUAAAAAGCCUGACAUAUAAGGCAGAAUACGGAUGUGAUUUCUCUGUGUGUUGUAAUUUUCUCAUCUGUGUUCCUUUUCUCUGCAUAGCCCCAUACAUUUCAUGACCAUGUUUGCUCAUUAGAAUCUAUGUUAUUAACAAAAUAACUGGAGCAUUUAUUUUUUUCUGCAACUAAAUUUCAUGUUAUUAUUAUUUUAUUUCAUUUUAUUUUAUUUUAUUGGCUCACACAGCAUUCUAUACAGUAACCUUUUUAUUACUGACAUAUGUUAUUCCUUCAGGUAGCUUCUACUGACAAACACAAAGCUUGUUUGUGUGCAAAUGCAAGGCUGACUAAAUGGUGCUAAAGUGUAUUAUGACUGUCAGAUAUUAUCAGGCAAAAUUUUGUGGUGCUUAGACUGAUAUUUUUCAUUGAUUUUAUCGAUCAAUGCAUUGAACAGUGUUUUAUUAUACACAAGUUGUCUUUUAUUAGUAAAUCAAGACCUCAUAUUGCAUUGUUAAACAAAAUGGGUUAAUUAAUCUAUGUAACAGCUCACCAAGCUAUUAUCUCUUUAACACCUUAUAAUGUUGUGUCAUUAAAGGUCAAGGGGUCAUGAUAAUAAUCUCAUUGCUGUAGACCAUUAACAAGACUGAACAUUUUCAAGAAAGUACUUAUGUUUACAAUGCUAUAACCCUUUGACUGCUGCGGCAACCUUUAACCACAGAAAGUCACAUGCUAGAAUCAUCAUUAUGGUUCUUGCCAUGGCAAUCAAAGAGUUAAGGGCUGUGCAGUGAUUUGUUUUAUAUUUAUUAAUUUAUAUUUAUUUUGUUUUCAUUUGAGAAAGGGGGAAUUGGGGUGGGGCAGUUCUCGUCUGCUGUAAGUGUCUUAACCAAGGGAAGGGUUAAAAUGGCUUUUUAUACUAUUGCAUCUUAUGUACUUACCAUGGUUUCAUUGUGUUGUAAUUAAAAAAAAAUCUGUCAAUAAAUAAGAGAACAGAAAAAAUGCUUCAUAAAGGCA